UAUAUCGGGAACAGAGUCUGCUGACCUAGAAAUAGUGGCCGCGGGCCCUCCACCCCUAUUUAAGAGUCCGUCUCAUUCACUUUUUCCUUACACAUAGUUUGUCUAUCUUGGGAAUAGCAGGGAUUCACUAGUUCUUCGAAUUGUCAAGUAGCUGACAACUAAACUCGCCUUACCAUGCCAAACCAAGAUCACCAAAGGCGAUUCACCCUCUUCACUUUCUCUCUUCUAGUACUAACAGGAUUAGUAAUCCAACAAGCUGAGGCUGGCAUAGGAGGAUUACUUGGCCUUGGUAACAAAGGACUUGGCAGCAAAAAGACCUCAGAGAUGUUGGUAGCAGCCUCUAUCUUAGCUUCCUUAAUUACCAAACACAAAGAAUCACAGAACCAAAGUAAACAAAGAGCUCCCAUGAUGCCUAUGCCAAUGCCACCAUACGGAGGUUACGCUGCUGCUAGCUCACCAUAUGGAUCCUAUGGUGCAGUGGGAUACGGUGGUGGUUUAGGAUCAUCCCUUUACGGAGGAUACCCAGGUCUAGCGUCUGCCUAUGGUGGAUUUGCAAGUCCAGUUGGAGGAGCCGCGUAUGGUGGAGGAGCAUAUGGUGGAGCAUAUGGUGGAUAUUAAAUGAAAAAUGUAGAUUUAUUCAAAGUAUUAUUAAUUAAUGUUCCCUAGUCUGCUGGCAUGGUGAAAUAAGGGAUUGGCAUCGAUUUGAAAACUCUGAAAAUGUAAAAAAAAAGUCAACGUAACACUCCACUUUUUUUAAAGUUCUUAGAAAGUGGAUUUAUUAGUAACAUGUGAAACUAAAUUUGCAGUUUUUGAUAUGCUUGUUUUUGCAAUCGAAGGGUAGAUAAUUAAGUAACUUUCAUAAUUUAUUUGAAACUUUUAAUGAUGUCUUCAAUUUAAAUUUUAAGGGGAUUUUUGAUUGGAUACUUCAUAAAUUUUAUUCUAAAACUGAAUCACUAUUUUUAGUGUAUAGAUAGAAAAUUGAUUAAGUAGCUUAACCCACAUACGCUAUUGUUUAAAUGUAAUCAAUUCUUAAUUGAGGUUUCGAAUGAAUCACAUGACUGACCAGUGACAAAAAAUAUUAGAGCCGUGCACUUUGUGUAUCUUUCAGUAGUUUUCUGAAGAUGGCAUUCCUACAGUAGCCAAAAAGGCGCUCCCCUUGUAAAUAAACCCAAAGAACAUUUCACAAAAUAUAUCUCAUUUUCAAAGGUAUACAUUAUAUACUAUAUUCGUAUAUCGGAUGACGUUUGAUAAAAGGUCGAAAUCCAACAUAUAGCUGUGCAUACUAUGUAAGAAUCGGCCGUCAACCGUUUUUAAUCAUUCGAUAUGUCUCUUUUUCUAUGUAAACAUGUAAUAAGAUGUAUUUUUUAUAUCCGUAAUAAAAAUGUACGAAAUUUUAA